AGUAUCAAAUUCCUUCCCAAAAAAAAAAACAUUUUUCUAUCUCUCUAUACGCUCUUCUUCCCCUCUCUCACCCUUUCUCUGUACUUCCCUCCAUAUAAAUUUUGUCCUAUCUACAAAAGUAAUCGAAGCAAGACUUCACAAUUUUUGACCAGCAAAGUUCCAAACCAAGUCCAAAGGUUCACCAUAAGUCCAAAACUUUUUAUUUUUAUUUUGCAAUUUUCUUAUGAUUGUAUUUGUUUGGUGAGAAAUUGAGGGAAAAGAGAAGGAAAAAAAGGGUUUUGGAUCCUGGGAAAGAAUGAGAAAUCUGAGGGCACUACCAUUAAGAUAUGGUAAAAACCUAAAUAGACGAAGGCUACACCCCAGCCAAUUCAGAAAACUGUAUCAAUCAUCCUCUAGAGAAGGAGUAGAAGAAGAAGAAGGAGGAGGAGGAGGAGGAAGAUGAGAGAACGGUCUCACCACCUUGUUACCUUGUGAUUCAGAAAACCUGUUGAGAAGUCUUCUUUUCGUCUUUCCUUUUUUUUUUUUUUGCCAUUGAUUUCAAGAUCAGGUACUAAGUUUUUGCCCUUCUAAUUGAUUUUUCAUAGUUCCAAAAAUCCCCCUACAAAAUUCUCUAAGCAGAAACCAAUGGCUGCCUAAGUGGGUAUGUAUUUCUUAUUUGAAUUGUGAUUGUGGGAAUUAUUAUUGAUUGAAGAGAUUGGCAGUAAAGAUUGGGUUUCUAGGGUCGUUUUUGAGAAAAUUCAAAUAAAUUUUUUGGUGUGUUUUGUUUGAUUUGUUUCAUGUGUUAACAAUUAAUGCUUUGGGAUGUCAUUUAAACUUCAAACUAUGGAUCAUGGACUCAUGGAGUGGCUAAUGUAACAGGUAUAAUCUGAAAAACAUGGAAUAAUUUACGAUAUUUAAGACAGUGAGAACUAUAAGUGGAAGAAAAUUACAGCAUUAUGAAAUAAAAUAAUAUCAAAUGGAGACAAACUAUUGUGCGAGAUCGUGGCAUAUCGUUUGUGAAAUAUGACAUUCAUAAGUGCCAUAGCUACAUCUAUGUUGCAUUGUAAAGUUAUCAUCAUUAGUUUUGAGUUUGAACAAUUUGUUUUUACUGUGUUUUAACUCAGUUUUAUUUUUAGAUAAUAUCCAUCUCAUAUAUUUAUUUUUUUUAUUGUUUAGGACUGUAUUUGGUUCUAAAGUGAUGGUUUCACUCUCUAAUAUUCGAUGAAUUUUUUUUUUUAAUUUAAUUUUUUAUCGUGGUCUCAUACGGUUUUUCUCAUUGUUCAAUCAAAAUGCAAAAUUUCAGUUUCAAGGUCAUCAAAGUUGUUGGUCAACAUACUGUACUCAUGGGUCUAUCCGUUGGGAACUAGAUUGCUUGAAGGGAUGAAAACGGCAGUGGCAACAGAACGCCGGGAGGUGAAUGUGGUGACAGAUUACAUUCUAAAGGUUUUGGGAUUGGACGUCUGUGCAGAUACCUUAGUUGGGAAUCAAAUGUUAAGGGGAAUAUCUGGAGGGCAAAGGAAACGAGUUACAACUGAUUGUGAAUUCAAUCAAGCAAUAUGUUCACAUUUUCAAUGGAACUGCUGUCAUCUCCCUCCUCCAGCCAGCACCGGAGACUUAUAAUCUUUUCGAUGACAUUAUUCUCAUCUCUGAUGGCCAGAUUGUAUACCAAGGUUCCCGUGAACAAGUGCUUGAAUUUUUUGAAUCAAUGGGCUUUAAAUGUCCUGAGAGGAAAGGGGUGGCAGACUCCCUACAAGAAGUGACUUCAAGGAAAGAUCAGGAGCAGUACUGGGCACAAAAAGACGAGCCCUACAAUUUUGUAACAGUCAAGAAAUUUGCUGAGGCAUUCCAAUCUUUCCAUGUGGGAUGGAAACUCGGAGAUGAACUUGCAACUCAGUUUGACAAGGCUAAAAGCCAUCCAGCUGCUUUGACAAAAAGAAAGUAUGGUGUCAAAAAGGCAGAGCUGGUCAAAGCUUGCUUGUCAAGGGAAUUCUUGCUCAUGAAUAGGAAUUCGUUUGUCUACAUCUUCAAGUUCAUUCAACUUACAAUAAUGGCAAUGAUUGUUAUGACAACUUUCCUACGGACUGAUAUGCACAGAAAUUCAGUAACUGAUAUUCAUGACCGUUGCAAACCUUCCUGUUUUCUUGAAGCAAAGGAAGCUCAAUAAAUUAAGAUGCAAUCUUUGUAACAUCAAAUGCAGAAAGGCUCUUCACUGCCCAAUUAAGAUCUCAAAAGUGGGUUUGGAUUUUGGGUUUUGGUAGUGUUAACUUCUUUGCUUAAUAUGUUUUUGCUUAAUGGAAUUCAAUAGUUUGACAAGUGAAAGUUUCUUCAUAUGCCACGUCCUAAUUGUUCCAGUUCUUCAAAGAGUUGACUUCCUUAAAAGUGAGUUUGUUUUUUU